AUGCUACAUUUCUUACAACAGGUCACUGGAGACUUGGCCAGGGCGGCAGCUCAUAAACCUAUUCAUUUCAUAGUUGUACCGGCAUUGUUAGCCUCAAUUGCAUACUUGUCGAUUAUCGAUGAUUAUAUCCCUGACUUGUCAUCGAUCACUAAUGAGAAUGGACUCAGCUAUUACCAUGCACCAGGAUCGGGACUGAAGGUGACAGAUUGGAUACCGGUAUCACCUGCAGAAUUGGACACUGAAUACCAGAGUGCUAGCCAUUUCACUUUGGUACCAUUGAGGUUCAGAAGGUUCCACAACUCGAUUCCAAGAGUUCCAGGUUCGAUUGUGAUUAGCGGGAAUGAACAGGCCAUUCUCGUGGACUCAAACAAAGUAGAAAGUGUAUUACAGAGUACCAAUAGGAUUGACAACGAUGGGAUCCUGUGGAAGGUAAGGAACGAUCACAAAAUCGCUCGAUUUUAUGACAGUCUAAAGUAUGUGAUCUUCAAGGUUCAGGAGUCAAUCAAAAAAGCUGACCGGUUUGAUGUUGUGUUGAUCUUUGUUGCUUACUUGGCAAUGUGGUACACGUUGUUAAAGGUGUUUUAUGACAUGAAGCAGAUUGGCUCCCAAUUCUGGUUGGCUUUUUCCACUUUGGUAUCAUCAACAUUUGCGUUUUUAUUUGCAUUGGUGGUUUCAAACAAGGUCCUCCAAACAAAAGUGUCAUUUGUGAGUCUCUCGGAGGGUGUUCCAUUUCUUGUUGCCAUUAUCGGGUUCAAACACAAGGUUUCCAUUGCGGGGUUCGUUCUGAAAUCGGCCACCGUAUCUCCAGAUGACGUGCCAAAUAUUGUUUCCCAAGCGGUAUCAUCACAUACGUUAAGCAUGUUCCGCGACCACAUUGUUGUCAUUGGAGCCAUGCUUGCUUGCGCUGCUUAUGGGAAUCAUCUUACCGGAUUGAGGAACUUUUGCAUCCUUGCCUCGUUGAUACUAGCAUUUGACUUGCUCUUGGUUUGCACAUUUUUUUCAGCAAUUUUAGGGUUGAAAAUUGAAAUCAACAGGGCUCGCAGAACGGAUGAUUUGAAGGAGGCGUUGGAAGAGGAUGGAAUUUCUUCAUUGGUUGCAGCUAGAGUCGCAGAACAGUCGUCAUCUAUUGAGCACCCGAAUGAAACGAAUUUCUUUUCUUCAAAAGAUUACUCAAUCCUUUCAUUCAAAGUUGCUAUGAGUUUAGGUUUUGUUGCAUUUCAUGUGUUUUGGUUGGGAAGCUCGUGGUUGUACAAUACCUCUGAUGCUGGCAUUGACUUUAACGCAUUCAGCUCCAUUUUAAGAGCAUCGCCGGCUGUAACCGAAUCAUUAACCAAUGAGAUAUCAAUUGGAAAAUAUGGCACUGUUUUGACCAUUCUUCCAACCAGAUUUUACAUGCCAUCGGGUUUUGCAGCUCAGGUGGAGGAUUUUAUUUAUUCAACUUUGAGUAAAAUCAGUGUUGCUAUACAAGAUAGAUUGUUGUCAAAGGUUUUGGCGUUCUGUUUUGGGGUGUCAUUGGUCACAAACAUAUACUUUCUCAAUGCUGCAAGAUACCAAGUUAGUGCCACUUAUAAGUUACUUGAUAAGGAGAUAUCACGCCCGCAAGCUCGCGCAUCAGUGUCUGAACCCGUUACAACUACAGUUGCUCAGAUUGAGUCAGUUGAAGACGUGGAGGAAGUUGGUCAACCAGGCACUCAGUUGCCACUUGAGGAAUGUGUUAAGGUAUUGAAAGAGGGCAACGUCAAAAACUUGAAUAACGAGGAAGUCACUUCCUUGGUUGUGGGAGGUAAGCUUCCCCUAUACGCAUUGGAGAAGCAAUUGGCAAGCAACAAAAGGGCAGUCGUUGUGCGUCGUAAAGCAAUUGCCAAGUUGGCGAAUGCACCUGUGUUGGAAACGAAUCGUUUGCCUUAUGCGCACUACGACUAUGACAGAGUAUUCGGAGCAUGCUGUGAAAAUGUUAUUGGCUAUAUGCCAAUUCCAGUUGGUGUAGCAGGACCAUUGAUUAUCGAUGGUAAGCCAUUCCACAUUCCAAUGGCCACAACCGAAGGGUGUCUUGUUGCUUCAACCAUGCGUGGUUGCAAAGCUAUCAAUGCAGGUGGCGGUGUAGAGACUGUAUUGACAAAAGAUGGAAUGACGCGUGGUCCUUGUGUUAGGUUCCCCACACUCUCCAGAGCUGGAUCAGCCAAAUUAUGGAUUGAUUCAGAAGAAGGACAAAAAACAAUCAAAAAAGCGUUCAAUUCAACCUCAAGGUUUGCUCGUUUGCAGCAUAUCCAGACUUCUUUAGCCGGCUGCUUAUUAUUCAUACGUUUUAGAACCACGACUGGUGAUGCCAUGGGAAUGAAUAUGAUAUCCAAAGGUGUUGAAUACUCUUUGAAGUACAUGGUUGAGGAAUGUGGUUACGAGGAUAUGGAAAUUAUAUCCGUUUCAGGAAACUAUUGUUCUGAUAAAAAGCCAGCAGCGAUAAACUGGCUCGAAGGUAGAGGUAAGUCAAUAGUGGCUGAAGCCACUAUACCAGCUGAUGUUGUUACCAAAGUUUUGAAAUCGGACGUGGAUGCAUUGGUGGAGUUGAAUAUAAGUAAGAAUUUGGUUGGUUCUGCCAUGGCAGGAUCUGUUGGUGGUUUCAAUGCACAUGCGUCGAACUUGGUCACUGCUGUAUUCUUGGCAUGUGGUCAAGAUCCAGCGCAGAAUGUCGAGAGUUCCAACUGUAUUACCUUGAUGAACAAGAACAAGGAAACUGGUGAUUUACAAAUCUCUGUCAGUAUGCCGUCUAUAGAAGUGGGUACGAUUGGUGGAGGUACUAUUUUGGAACCACAAGGUGCAAUGUUGGACUUAUUGGGAGUACGUGGUCCACAUCCAACCAAUCCGGGCGACAAUGCCAGACAAUUGGCUAAAAUUGUUGCUUCGGCGGUGUUGGCAGCGGAGCUUUCUCUUUGCUCGGCACUUGCAGCUGGCCAUUUAGUUCAGUCGCACAUGCAACACAACAGGGCAGGCGCAUCGACCACUACCUCAACAGCAACCACAAGUGCUCAUCUGAAUGGAAAUGUCAAAGAGUCAGAUUUAAAAAGAUUGAAAGAGGGCUCGGUCACUUGUAUAAAGUCGUGA